GAUAUCCGUCCUCGUGACCUUGUCCGCCCACACGUGUUUUCUUGCAGAUCGGGCAGCAGGCUGAAUUUUCCGUCUCUGGUUUGGUUUUUCUUGCUCGUUGAACAACCUCCCCGUCUUCGUCAAACUGCACCGGACGAUGCUGAGACUUGCGAUAGUACUGGGUCUUGCCGCGGCCUGCUUCGCGCAGACCAGGCCUAAUAUCGCAGAGACCUUCGAAGCCUCUGGCAAUUACGAGUAUCACGAUGCUCGGGGAACUCACUUCGGAAUGUUUCUCGUGGACAGAGACCAGGAUCUUGCGAUGGCCGUAGAGAAUACAACGUACAAAGUGCAGAAUACAUCUACCACAGAGCGCUUUGAAAGGCUGGAAAUCUGCGUCGGCAAGUCUACCGACGCGAUCUACACACUUCGAGAUGAUGGUAAGGAGGUACAGUGUGAGCACCAGCCAUGCGUAGAAAUUCUGCCACAGUUCUGGGGGUGGGUUGCUAACGCAAAGUAUAAAGGCACAAUUAAGAUCCAAGAAGUGACGUACGAUGAGUGGGUUGGUACGUGUGGCGCAGGCAUAGAGCUCGGACUCGCAGUGCUACCUGACCAGUUAAACACACCGCAAUGGUUCGAAAUACAACUUGGAGAACAAAGGAGGAUAUAUCAUUUUCUAAAAUUUAUGGCAACAACGCCCCCAGCCAAUGAUUUUAAGGUCCCUCCCGAAUGCCAGUAAAGGAAAGAAACACACUGAAGCUGAACGUAAUACAUGACUGCCGACUAUUGUAGACUGUCUACGUAUAUUAUUAGUUUGUGAUGUUAUGUUAGUAAAAUGGUGUUUCUUGCCUAUAGUUGUCAGAAGGGUGGAAAUAUUAAUCGUUGCAGGUCUUGUGACAGUCAUAAAUCU